CCAAGACCAUGGCUUUCCUCCAUUCCAUGCUGCUGCCACUGGGGCUGUUUCUGUACCUUGGACUGCAAUUUUCUUCUGCCAGCCCUGCAAAUUACAGUGACAACUGCACGGUCUUUGAUAAGGUCUUCACUACCACAAGCCCAGGCAUCAUGGCCAAUUCGGUUAUUUAUGAAAGAAACACUGCCUACACAGUGUGGGUUCCUGUGGAUGACAGCAUCAGCUCCGUGGUCCUGCGAGCAGUGGACAACAACAACAACUCCGUGGGCUUCUGGCAAGAAGCAGACGAGCAAUGCUACAGCAGCUCCCUGUAUCACGUGACACACGCAAUCAACAUGCUCUUCAAGGCAGAUUGGAUGUCUCCAGAUUCCGGGAACAUAACGGAAGUCGAGCUACAAGCCUUUGCUGUCAGUCCCCACAAGACGGCUACAUUUUCUUCUCUGAAACUGAAGAAAAGAGUGACAACCACAAGAUUGGCCUCUGAGUUUCCCACAACCUCGACCUCCAAGAUACCCACAACCUCAACCUCCAAGGUUCCCAUGACCUUUACCUCCAAGAUUCCCACGACCUUGACCUCCAAGAUUGCCAUGACCUUGACCUCCAAGAUUCCCACAACCUUGACAACCAGAAGCUCAGCCAACACAGCCUUUGGCAGCUCCACCACAGAUGCCAUUCACAUCCUGCUCGCUUUUCUCACCAGCAAACUCCUCUUCUAAAAGGAAACUAGGGAAACAGUGGUUCCCACCUCCAUCGCUUCCUCCUGUGUUCAGACCCAAGCUGGGGCGUGGGCAUGUGUGUGAAGGAAGCCUUCACAUUCUCAAAUAUGUCAAUGUACUGCUACUGCUGCUAACUAAAACGGAGACCUGGGGGCACUCACUGGUGGCCUUGGGCUACACAAAUGUUCAACUGGAUCUUUCAGGACACAAGUUAUGCUUUUUGUCAAUACUUAGACCUGGCCUCAGUGUACCCUAGAGUUCUGCCUAUCAGUUUAACAUGUUGAUAGCUAAUUCCACAGCCAAUCUGAACUUUUGUCCAUUGCCAAGUGAUUCCUCUGCACCCCCUGAGUUUCUGUGGGAAGAACCCUUCCUUGCUUUCAAGAUUAUCUCACAUUUCUGACCAAAACCACCCAAGUUACACAGAACUUCUAUGACUCCUGUGACUCAAGGAGGAAAGGAGAGAAAAGAAAUAGCCCUGAGGCUACUGGCAGCUUCUCAUUGUAUCUACACCAGUAGGUUUUGAAGGGCAAGAAAAUAGGAAUAUACCAUGUCUGAGCAGCCAAUGAUAGGAAAAAUUAUGCCAUAAAGGCCAUUUUUUCUAUGUCAUACCAAAUGAAUUAUACUUCAAACAAGAAUAAUGAAUGUGUUAAAUUUAAAUAUGUCUUUAAUGAGUAAUU